UUUGUAGCUGGCGCCAGUAGUCUUCGGGAUCAAAGCAAAAAAAAAAAAUUGUUUAGUCGCGCAAAAUUUGACGCCGCGCAAAACUGAGUUGUUGUUUUUGUACAAAUAAUUGUUUUAAGUGAAGAAGUAAAGCGAAUACUUCAAAAAAUUAGGCUUUACUCGGUUUUCGUGAGUGUGAGGUUUGGUGCGCGCAAUUACGGUAAACACUUGGACUUUGUCAUGUUUCGCAGCAGCCUGGAAGGCAACGCCAACAGCAACGCCGCCUCAAACGACAACUAUGCGGCGUUUCAUAGCAGGGGCGGCCUCAACCUGCUGGGCCUCCAAGACCUCUACUUGGACACGGCAUCCACGCUAGGUUCUGCCAGCUCCAGCCUGCCGCCGACGCCCAGCGUCUCGUCGGGCACACUGAGUCCGCCCAGCACGCCCCUGACCCCGGAACCCACGCAAUUCGGUUCCCAGACUCAGUUCCCGCUGCUGACGGACAAUGGCAACAUGAACAUGGGCAUCCACACCGGCAACAACAUGCUGCUGCAUCAGCAUUACCAAUACCACCUGAUCAUCCAGAAGCAGCAGCAGCAGUUGGCGCUGGCCAACCAUCAGUUGGCGCUGGCCGCAUCCGCGGCUGCCGCUGGCGUCAAUCAUCAGCAAAAGGAUGAGAUAGCGCGCUCCCUGAAGGUAUUUGCUCAGCUGACAAGCGGACCGGCAGACAAUGUGUCCGGCUCUAUGCAGGAUGUUAUGCAGGAGUUUGCGAGCAACGGAUACGUGAGCGAUGAUCUCAAUUGCUUUGCCUACAGUCCGGCCCCUACGCCGGCAAAUCACCUACACCGCAAUUUGGCCGCAGCCGGAGGACAACCCAAUCCACCGCAGCAGGUUGUGCCCGCACCAGCCCCACUGUCCGCACGCUGGCUCCACAACUAUCGCGAGCAGCUGAACAAUGUGUGGCGCUCCAUGGCCUACAUGCCCUGCAUUGGGCCAACCAAUGUGGGACUGCAGGCCCAGGCCCAGGCGCAGGCACAGGCAGCAGCUGUCGCCGCCAGUGGCGUCGGACCAAACAAUCUGAGCGCCAUGGGAUUGGGGCUGCCCUUGCAGCCGGAUCAUUUCCGACAUGGCAACAAUCCAAGUAACAACAACAGCAACAAGAUGAAUAAGCGCUACAAGCCCAACCAGAUCAGCCGCCACUGCGUGUUCUGUGAGAACAACAACGAACCGGAGGCGGUGGUCAACAGUCACUCGGUGCGCGACAAUUUGAAUCGCGUACUGUGCCCCAAGCUGCGCACCUAUGUGUGCCCAAUAUGCGGGGCAUCGGGCGACUCGGCGCACACCAUCAAAUACUGCCCGAAGAAGCCGAUCAUAACCAUGGAAGAUGCCAUCAAGGCGGAGUCAUUCCGCCUGGCAAAGAGCAGCUACUACAAGCAGCAGAUGAAGGUUUAGAAUAGGUCUAGCCGAACCACACACGGAAACUCUGGCAGUUUCAACUGCGCGUAUAUAGCUUGAUAUAUAUGCGAUUUCGGUUCCUGUGCUGGAUACUAGAAGAUAUUAGCGCCUGGCGCGUUCGAUUUUAUAGUUUCUCAAACUAGUCUGCGACUAAGAGUAGUCGUCAGUGACUGAUCACUCAAAUCAAAUCACAUCAAUAAUUUUUUCAUAAAUCUAAACUCUUUUUUUUUUAUCAUAAAUCAAUGUUUCCAAGAACCAAAUAAUUAUUUAAGGAAUACUCACAAGAUCGUUAUAAUUGCCAAAUCGUGGUUGCCAAUGGAAACAUUUCACAAUAUGAAACUUGAACAGAAUUGGUCCACGAAAUUUUGGCAACAUUAUCACAAAUGUUGUGCCGCAAGAGGCAUAAAUAUUUAUCACUAGAGUUGAGUAGAGGACUUUGAAUUUCGAUAUGGCAAUCGUAUUAGAAUAUAUGUAUAAUAUCAAAAUUUGCCAACGUAACAAGAAACGAACGAUAUCGUUGGCAACAAUUUCAUUGAAACUUUUUAAAAUUUGACACUAAAUAGUUGAUAGACAAAAAUUUUAUUACAUGUAUCGCAAAUACAUAAAUCACACAACACAAACACACAUAUCUGCGAGUAUAUAAAUGUUAUAUAUAUUUAUUCAAUCAUGUUCCUUCAUUCGUUCGAAUCAUUUAUCAAAUAUCAUUACUAUAAAUUUUCCAUUUUUUUUAUAUAAAUGUUCACCUUAUAUCGAUUUCGCUCACAUGUCACUCAAUAUUCGAAUUGAAAAUUGUGAGACUACCAUUUUAUAUCCUUUUUUAAAUUUUUUUAAUAAAUGUACAUUCAUUUGCCAUUACGUUAAUCGAAAUUCGAAUGGUUCGUAAUGUAAAUACAUCAUUGUAAACCGAUAAACCCAAUGGCGGAUCAUGUAUUUAACCAUAAAUUCAAAAUCGAAUUCUUUUUCCAAAUUUUUUUUAUAAAAAUGUAUACAAAUGAAGUUGAAAAUGUAAUGCAAUCGCAAAAUAUGUCAAAUAAAGUUAUAAAUCAACAAGUU